AUGGCAGCACCCGACACCGUCUCCUCACCCACAUCGUUUUCGCAGGUCGUGGAGCAGUUUUGCGCCACGCGCAAGGUGUUGCCCAAUAACUGGUCCACCGACAUGAUCAGCCCAUGUCAUGGACCAGGUUCUACUAUCGUUCUCAACAUGCAGGCGGCGUCUCGGGCGGUCGAGAUUGCUAUCGACGAAGUGUUUAAGGCUGGGCGCUUGACAAGGAGCCAGAUUAGACUGCGCUUCAUGUCACAGGCAUCAGCCGCGCCUGACCACCUCGAGAUCGCGACAUACCUGUGUCGCGUUUUCUUUCUGGACCUCCCGCUCCUCAACGACGUCCGCGAGCGCGUCUGGGAUUUGCUCCCCUUCACUCGCUACAUCGUCCCCUGCGACCAGGACAUGGAAGCAGAGAUCCUUGCAGAGGAGCUCAAGGACCUAGUAACAAGGGUGCCUUUGACGACAAGGCGCUUUGGUUUUUGGGUUGAAGUGGCGGCUUCACUCCUCGACAUGAGCUCUGAAGACCUCACAAGCUUGUCCCGCGCGCUGCCUCGAGCUCAGACGACAGCCUGGCUGCAAAAAGCGGUCAUCGGUCACCUGAGCUUGUUGGCUACAUUGUCCGUCUCGGUCCUGGCCGACAAGAAGAUGCCAGGGGGGGCCGGACACGCCAUCUAUGCCCACCGCGCGAGUAUCAAGCGCCGAGUGGCAAGCCUGCUGAGGCAGAUCCGAACCGGAACGCUGUCCCCAGCGUCGGACUCCGACUUCCAGCCCCCUUCCCCUCCGCCGCCGCUGUGCCAGGCAGCUCCAGCGAGCGGACCUCACCUUCGCUUCGGCCUCCGUCCUCGCCACCGGCCAACCCAUGGCCUUGCUUCCUUGCCAGUAGAGAAACUUGUGGCGGUCAUUCGCCGAUGGCGCCGCGGCCGCGCAAGUACGGUCUGCGUGGCAAGACGGCGACACCCCCUCCCAUCGACGCACAGCGCAUGA